AUGGAUACUAGUCAAAUCAUUUUAUUGGAAGAUGAAUUGAAUGGUUACAUAGCUGAUCAACAAGAGAAGGCUCAAGUAGAACCUACUCAUGGAAGCCCAGACAAAUCAAAUACUCCAAGUAAAUAUAGCAAAGAAAUUGUAGAAGUUCCAGAAAUUGUGUUGGAAGAUGAAUUCAUUGGUUGGAUACCUAAUCAACAAGAGAAGGCUAAAGUAGAAAUUACUCUUGGAAGUCCAAACAAAUCAAAUACUCCAGCAAUUCGCAUGAAAUUUGAUUGUGAUGAUAGUGCAUAUGAAUUUUACAAAGACUAUGCUCACCGAAUCGGCUUUAGUGUACGAAAACAUUCUGUAAAGCGAGGAAAUGUGGGGCAAAUUAUAAGGAGAACAUUUAGUUGCUCAAAAGAGGGUGAACGAGUUUUUGACAAACAUCGCGAAAAUGCAUCUUAUCAUCGUCCAAUUUCACGAACAGGUUGUUUAGCACAGAUGACCUAUCAUCUUCAAAAGGAUGGCAUGUUACAUGUUGUUUCUUUUCACGGCCAACAUAAUCAUGAGUUUGCUCCUUCGCCAAUGAAACAUAUGUUAAGAUCGAAGCGAAAAAUUUCACUUUCUCAAAAGGCCAUUACAAAUGAUGCAGAGAGGUCUAGAAUAUCACUAAAACAAACCAUUGAAUUAUUGAGCAUGCAAGCUGGGGGUCGUGAAAAUCUUGGGUUUAUGGAUGUUGACUAUAAGAAUCAUGUACAUAAUGAGAGGAGGAUGGCUUUAAAGAAAGGAGAUGGACCUGCAAUGAUGGAAUCAAUAGUUGAUUAUGGGAACUUUGGAGAUGUUAUUUGUUUUGACACAACUUAUCGAACAAAUAAAUAUGAUCGUCCCUUUGCUCCAUUCAUUGGGGUUAAUCAUCACAAACAAUCAAUUAUCUUCGGUGCAGCUUUACUUUAUGAUGAGACUAUAGAGUCAUUUAAGUGGUUGUUUGAAACUUUUUUAACUGCAAUGUCAGGAAAGCAGCUAAGAACUAUACUUACAGAUCAAUCUGCUACAAUGGCUAAAGCAAUAACAGAGAAUGCUGCUAAGAAUCUACAUCAUGUAUUUCAUUCAUCUAAGCAAUUUGCAAAAGAUUUUAGUGAUUGUUUAUACGAGUAUGAAGAUGAAGAUGAAUGGCUUGUUUCAUGGGAUUAUAUGCUUAAGGAAUAUGGUCUUACUGAUAAUAAAUGGUUGCGUAGCAUAUUUGAUGUGAAAGAAAAAUGGGCUAUUAGUUUUGGUGAUAAGAGACAUCAAGAACUACAGGCAGAGUUCAAAAUGAGGCAAGCAAAACCGAUUUUACAAUCUAAUGUAGAGAUGUUGAGACAUGUUAUAGAGCUAUACUCCCCAGAAAUUUUUCAAAUGUUUCAAGAUGAAUAUAUGAAGAUUGCUGAUUGUACUAUUUACAAGGCUAAUAAAUCCGAUACUAUCAUAGAAUACAAGGUCAAAUAUAGUCAAAGAAUUCAAGAGCACCUAGUUAAAUAUGAAGCCUCAACUACUUCGGUGGAAUGCAGUUGUAAGAAGUUCAGCUUUGUAGGAAUUCUGUGUGCCCAUACUUUGAAAGUUCUUGAACAUAAAAAUGUUAAGAGACUUCCCGUUCAUUAUGUAUUGAAAAGAUGGACGCAAGAUGCAAAGGUUGGUUCUAUCAAGGACUAUCAUGGCAUUGAUAUUAAAGGUAAUGCUCAAGAGUCAAUAGGAAAACGCUACUCUUAUUUGAGCCACAAUGCUCGUGAAAUUUCUACACUUGCAGCAGAGAAUGAGAUAAUGUAUGAACAUACCAAAGAAUCUUUUGAAAAAUUAAUGAAGGAAUUGCAAGAGAUAAGAAAAAAAUGUCAUUCGAAUAAUAUGGAAAGUUGCACAGAGGUCCAUGGUGAUGUUACUACAGAUGUUUUACAAGGUGAUAGCAUAUGUAGGAUUAAAACAAAACCUAUUGUUGGGCAUCCAAAGAAAAGGUUGAAAUUUGCAUUAGAGAAGAAAAAUGGUAAAUCUCGAAGCAAAACAACACAUGCUAAAAAACAUGCCAGUGGCUUACAAAAAAAGGUUUCAAUAGCUACUUCUGAUGUUAUCCAAGAAGAGCAUCAUAUUGGCAAAAGCACUAAAUAG